GUUAGAAGGUGCGCAUCGCGUGUGGCAGAUAGAAUGACUGCAUGCACUUUCUUGAAGCCUAAUUCAUCCAGACAUCUAUGUUCAGAGGCACAGAGCUUUACGUGCAACAGGGCACGGAUGAUGAUGUGUGUGUACAUGCUUGAGAUCAACGGCAUUGUCUCACACGACCUUUGUCCCUCGACAUUAUUUCUCUCAAUGAUGCAAGCCCAGCAAAUCCGGCACGCACCCAACGCCCGUCUCAACGCGUUCCAUGGUACAAAGCGUCAAGUUCUGGGAAAUCACGCGGGUCGCGCCCCGCCCGCAUGGCGAGGGUCUAACGUGGGCGCAUACGCGAAAGGAAAGGAAGUCGCGGAUGGCGAAACGGCGGGCGGGAGCAGGAUCUUUCUAAGCCGAUUACCAACGGAUGUCGGAGAGAACGAAGUGGAGGUCCGUUGGCGCGUCGUUUGUUGCUAUCACACGUCUAGAACCUGUUGCAGGAGUUGUUCAAAAAGACGGUGCGAUAUUGACGCUCAUCCCGAUACCACAAAGUGAAGAAGGUCGCAUGCUGCAGGUCGGACCGCUCCGAGAAUCGUUCUUAAUAUACAACUCGCAAGGGCGAUCGAAGGGCAUGGCAGUUGUGACCUUUCAACGACCCGGGGAUGCAGCAGUCGCGCGCGAGAAAUACGACGGAAAGAUAGUGGAUGGACGACGUCCCAUCAAGAUUGAGAUAAUGGUGGAUUCGGCCCGGCCACUGCACUCAAUCCCAACAGGACCGCCAAGUUUGUUCGAGCGUUUACGACCUGGCUCGGAUUCUAAAAUUGGUGCGGGGGGAUCGAGUGGUGGGCCUUCUCGGUUCAUAACUCCCCAAACAAAAAAAGCGACAAAUCUAGCGCCACCAGCACCACCUCCGCGGCCUGCUACCCCACAUAAUGCGACGCUCGCUGCACCUGUUCCUCCUCGCCGACGCGCCAAGAAGGGGCCGAAACGGCUGAAGAAGCAAUGGGCAACUUCGCGGUCAAAGGAAGAACUGGACAAAGAGAUGGAGGAUUACCGUGCACUGGCUCCCCCGGCAUAACAAAUCAACAUAUCCCACGCAUAUUUCCCCUUGCAUCUUCAUUCACGUCCUCGAUCUGCUUUGCAUCUUUGCUCUAUGUAUAUAUAUUAGUAUCAUACCUCUGAGCUAUAAUAUCUGCUGGCUAGCUAGCAUUCGUAAAUGAAAUUGACUCAUACGUGGCCAGGGACGAG